CCCGCCUCCUGUCCUGACCACUCCCGACAACGUUCGUGAUUGACACUUUUCCGCCGGGCCGGGAUAUGCGUGUAUGUGCGCGCCUGUGCCUUGCCCGAUUUUGUUAUAGUUUAUCUGGGCGAUGUAAACGGUGCGAAGCAUGUCCUUCAUACAUGCGUUAAUGUAGCACAUGAGACACUGGUCCUUCGGUUUCAUUCUCGGUAUUUUUUUCCGGGAUCACGAGGGAAUUGACUGUUUAUCAGGCAUCCUUUAGAUUUCAUCCGGAGGUUGUACGCUUACUGCCAAGGAUUCAACACCGUGGCCGAGACGGAUGUUGGACCCACUCUACAUGAUUUUUGGGUGUCAUCUGUUUGAAAUUUAUUAAGCAAGAUAAUCAUGGCGAGCGAUUCUCCCGCUAGAAGUUUGGACGAGAUUGACCUCUCGGCUCUGCGGGACCCUGCAGGCAUAUUUGAACUGGUGGAACUGGUUGGGAAUGGAACCUAUGGUCAAGUAUACAAGGGCUGCCAUGUCAAGACAGGACAGCUUGCUGCGAUCAAGGUCAUGGAUGUCACUGGAGAUGAGGAAGAGGAAAUCAAGGCGGAGAUCAACAUGCUGAAGAAGUACUCCCACCACCGCAACAUUGCCACCUACUAUGGUGCCUUUGUCAAGAAGAACCCGCCAGGGAUGGAUGACCAGCUUUGGUUGGUGAUGGAGUUCUGUGGUGCUGGCUCGGUGACUGACCUCAUUAAGAACACGAAAGGGAACUCUCUGAAGGAGGAGUGGACGGCCUACAUCUGUCGGGAGAUCCUCAGGGGUUUGACCCAUCUCCACCAGCAUAAGGUCAUCCAUCGGGACAUCAAGGGCCAGAACGUCCUGCUCACCGAGAAUGCUGAGGUCAAGCUGGUGGACUUUGGCGUGAGCGCGCAGCUGGACCGGACCGUGGGCCGGAGGAACACGUUCAUCGGCACGCCGUACUGGAUGGCCCCGGAGGUCAUCGCCUGCGACGAGAACCCAGACGCCACAUAUGACUUCAAGAGCGAUCUGUGGUCGUUGGGAAUCACCGCCAUAGAGAUGGCAGAGGGAGCGCCGCCGCUGUGUGACAUGCACCCCAUGAGGGCCCUCUUCCUCAUCCCCAGAAACCCGGCACCCCGGCUCAAGUCCAAGAAGUGGUCCAAGAAGUUUCAGUCGUUCGUGGACAGCUGCCUGGUGAAGAACCACAACCAGAGGCCCAGCACGGAGCAGCUGCUCAAGCACCCCUACAUCCGCGACCUGCCCAACGAGCGGCAGGUCCGCAUCCAGCUGAAGGACCACAUCGACCGCACCAAGAAGAAGAGGGGCGAGAGGGAUGAGACGGAGUACGAGUACAGCGGCAGCGAGGACGAGGAGGAGGGGCGAGACAUGGGGGAACCCAGCUCCAUCAUCAACAUCCCUGGCGAGUCCACGCUGAGGCGGGACUUCCUGCGCCUGCAGCUGGCCAAUAAGGAGCGCUCGGAGGCGCUGCGGCGGCAGCAGCUGGAGCAGCAGCAGAACGAGGAGCACAAGCGCCAACUGCUGGCCGAGCGGCAGAAGCGCAUCGAGGAGCAGAAGGAGCAGCGGCGGAGACUGGAGGAGCAACAGCGCCGGGAGCGCGAGGUCAGGAAGCAGCAGGAGCGCGAGCAGAGGAGACGCUACGAGGAGAUGGAGCAGCUGAGGAGAGACGAGGAGCGCCGGCACGCCGAGAGGGAGCAGGAGUACAAGCGUAAGCAGCUGGAGGAGCAGAGGCAGGCGGAGCGUCUCCAGCGCCAGCUGCAGCAGGAGCGGGCCUACCUGGUGUCCCUCCAGCAGCAGCAGCAGCAGGAGCCCAGGCCCGCCGACAAGAAGCAGCUCUACCACUACAAGGACACGGUCAACCCCGCCGAGAAGCCCGCUUGGGCCAAGGAGGUGGAGGAACGCUCCAAACUCAACCGCCAGAGCUCCCCGGCCCUGCAGCACAAGGUGGCCAACCGCAUCUCUGACCCGUCCCUGCCCCCCCGCUCCGAGUCCUUCAGCAGCGGGGGCAUCCAGCAGGCGCGCACGCCCCCCAUGCACCGCUCCAUCGAGCCGCAGAUGGCCCACCUCGUCUCGGUCAAGCACGGCUCCUCCAUGACGGGCUCCCAGUCUCUGCAUGACCAGUCUUCCCAGGGCGUCUCCGCCUUCCAGGAGAGCCUGUCCCCCCACCGCCCGCCCAUGCCUCGCCAGAACUCGGACCCCACCUCUGAGACUCCGCCUCCACCGCCACGCAUCGCCAGCCGCGACGACAAGUUUGACCGCUCCUGGCUGAGGCAGGACGAGGACCUCCCCCCUAAGUAUGAUCAAGCUGGUCCUCCUCAUUGGAAGGUGCCACAGAGGACCACCUCGAUAUCCCCAGCGCUGGUCAGGAAGAACUCCCCCGGGAACGGACCCGGCGGUCUGGGCCCACGGACUGGGUCCCAUCUCAUCCGAGCCAGUAACCCAGACCUGCGGAGGACGGACGUUUCCAUGGAGUCAGCCCUCCAGAGGACCAGCAGCGGGAGUUCGUCCAGCUCCAGCACCCCCAGCUCCCAGGGUGGCUCUAGCGAGAGGAAGCGUGUGGGAGGGUCCGCCAUCCCCGAGGGAUCUCCCACCGUCUCCCAGGAGAGCAAGCCCAAGGCCCCGGAGGAGGGAAGGGAGGUGACCCGGCCCAGUCGGCCCGCGGAUCUGACCGCUCUGGCCAAAGAGCUGCGUGAGCUGCGCUCCAACGAGGACACCCACCGCCCGCCCGUCAAAGUGACGGACUACUCGUCCUCCAGCGAGGAGUCGAGCAGCGACGAGGAGGAAGACGGCGAGGGGGGAGCCCACGACGGCACGGUGCAUGUCAGCGACAUCCCGCGGAUCAUGCCUUCAGCCGGCCAGGGUGGUAAUGAACCCUUUGGUGGCCUGGGCAACCAAGAGGACUCCCAUGGCAACGACACUUACGGCAACAACUCCAAGGACAGCACGCUCAUGAUGAGAGAGACGUUUGGGGACAGAAAGCGCUCGGGUCACGCCGAGAGCAACGGUUUCCCCGGUAACGCCAAUCUGCCCGAUCUAGUGCAGCAAAGUCACUCCCCCUUGGCCACGCCCGGCGAGGGUCCGGGGCGGCGCCCCAGUCUGCAUGCGCAGGACCUGGACUCGGUGGCCGAAUAUGGGAUGGGCAGUGGCUCCAAGUCCUCCUUCACUCCGUUUGUUGACCCGCGCGUGUACCAGACGUCCCCCACUGACGACAACGACGAGAACUCCGCCUCAGCCCUGUUUUCAGACGAGCUGAUGCGCCAGCAGGAGGAGCAGGAGCAGGCUCGGCUCAACGAGGCCCGCAAGAUCUCGGUGGUCAACGUCAACCCCACCAACAUCCGACCCCACAGCGACACCCCGGAGAUCCGCAAAUACAAGAAGCGCUUCAACUCGGAGAUCCUGUGCGCAGCACUGUGGGGGGUGAACCUGCUGGUGGGCACAGAGAAUGGCCUCAUGCUGCUGGACCGUAGUGGACAGGGCAAGGUGUACAACCUCAUCAACCGCCGACGCUUCCAACAGAUGGACGUGCUGGAGGGCCUUAAUGUCCUGGUCACCAUAUCAGGCAAGAAGAACAAGCUGAGGGUCUACUAUCUGUCCUGGCUGAGAAAUAGGAUACUUCACAAUGACCCGGAAGUGGAGAAGAAACAGGGUUGGAUCACUGUUGGAGAGCUGGAGGGUUGUGUCCACUACAAAGUCGUGAAAUAUGAAAGGAUCAAAUUCCUGGUGAUCGCUUUGAAGAAUGCCGUGGAGAUAUACGCCUGGGCUCCAAAGCCAUACCACAAAUUCAUGGCUUUCAAGUCUUUCACAGAUCUGCAGCACAAGCCCCUGUUGGUGGACCUGACCGUGGAAGAAGGUCAGAGGUUAAAGGUUAUCUAUGGUUCCAGCGUGGGGUUCCAUGUGAUUGACGUGGACUCUGGGAACCCGUAUGAUAUCUACAUCCCGUCCCAUAUUCAGAGCAGUGUCACCCCUCACGCCAUUGUGGUGCUCCCCAAGACCGACGGGAUGGAGAUGCUACUGUGUUAUGAAGAUGAGGGUGUCUAUGUGAACACUUACGGCAGAAUCACUAAAGACGUGGUGCUACAAUGGGGAGAGAUGCCCACCUCUGUUGCCUACAUCCACUCCAACCAGAUCAUGGGAUGGGGAGAGAAAGCCAUUGAGAUCCGCUCCGUGGAGACGGGACACCUCGACGGAGUUUUCAUGCACAAGCGAGCUCAGCGACUGAAGUUCCUCUCUGAGAGGAAUGACAAGGUCUUCUUUGCCUCCGUCCGUUCAGGAGGCAGCAGCCAAGUUUUCUUUAUGACCCUGAACAGAAACUCCAUGAUGAACUGGUAAAUUGUCAUCAGCCAUCACCCCAUCAUCAUUAACAGUUGUUGAUGUAAGGCAGUUUGAGAAAACGUGAAGGAAAAGCGGAAAAGAAAAGAAAUGGAAAUCACGGUUUAUAAAGAACAAUUAAGACUAACAUGAGGAUGACAUUGUAGUCCACCAUGAGCAGCAUAAUCUUUCCAGAAAACCCAUCAGGAGAGCAUAUUAUGAGUCAGAAAAUCAGUUGGAAGGAGAUUCAAGAUGCCACCUGUCAUGGAAGAAAAACCCUUUCCGAACUCCAAAAAGCAAAUUCGGCCUCUCUGAGGUUGUCACUUGUGUUUUCCAAACAAAUAUUUAUUUCCGUUUCUUUGGACUUGCAAGAGAACGAUGUCCUAUGCUUCAAAUUAAGUGUCUUUGUGAAAGAAAUGGUUUAGUGCAAAUAAGAUAUGACACUUUUACUGCAGUGAUAUUUUGCAGUAGGGUUGUACAGUUACACCUGAAUGAUAGAAAGGAUAUGUGUACAGGGUGGUAUGUGUAUUAAACUUCAAACUGUCAGAACCUUGUCUGUUGUGAAACACAUCACCACCACCAUUUUGUUGUAAGGCUUUCCUGAAGUCCUUCACAGUAGCUGUGCUGGAGUGUGUCUGUGAAUGUGCAUGUUUGAGUGUUUGAAUGGGUGCUUUUUAUUGGAAAAGCAAUGCCACAUCACUGGAAAACAAAGAUUUUUGGAGAGAAAAAGACUCCGUCAUGAGACGGUUUGAGAUGUAUUUAUCAUCAUAGUUCAAUGGUAACUGUCAUCCACUGAUUCUGGCCUACCCUUUGUUCAACCAUUUUCUCCCUAUUGGUGUAUAACCCUACAAUGAUCUGCCAUGAGAUGGGUAUAUCAUGUAACAGCCAUGUAUAGUAAUAGCCAAAAAAGGAAAGUUGGAAUCAGGUGAACUGUGAGUAUAUUCUCAGUUCUCCAGUAGAUGUACAUGCUCAUCCUACACCUUUCUGAGUUCCUUCCCUCACACCUCGUCAUAAUCAAUGUUCAUUUGUGCGUUGAACACAGGGAACCCUGUUACCAAAAUGAACCUUCAGUGCAACUGUGACUAAAUAGGAUAAAUGCUGAUACUCAAAUACGUGCACCAAGAGAGCCUGAACAGAGAAUAGCAGUGAGAGCUGUGAGUCUGAAAAAGAAACUACUGAGUCAGAGAAUGGAGAGGUCCUGUGUAGAGCUUCCUCCUAACCUACCUCGUUUGUUCUUUUCUGUUCUCCUAUCUUUAAUGCUUCAUAAGACUGCUUUUCCUGAGACAGUAAAUGCAUUGUCUCUAUUCAAAAGAUCAUGCAAUAGUGAUCUGAAAAAAAAAUUAAACCUUGACUAAAGUUGGAUUUGUAUCGUUAACAAUAUUUACAAAGAAGCAGUCAAAAUGCAACAAUAUGUGCAUCAUAUUUUUAAUUCCCAAUUGCCAUGUAAGUUAAUCUGUUUGGCCAGAGGAAUUGUUUAAUUGAAUCUAAUCAAAGAAUGAACAUUCGAAAAAUUUAUGAGAACAUCAUAUGGACCAGGGAAGCCUCUGUGCCAAAAAUGAUGCUCCAUCCAAGAGCCAAAAAUACUUUCUGAGAAGACAUUUCACUCAUGUUUCCUACUCAUUAAGAAUGAAAGUCAGACAAAAUAUGAAUGAAAUUAAUUAUCAGCUUUUCAUCUCACAAUAUUAUAUGGAUUAAAUGUUUUAAUCAUUUCAAAAUAAUUCUAUUCCUAUGUACAUUUUGUUUAUUUUUUUGUAGUAAAAAAAACUGUGAAAAUGGGUGUUUGAGUGAGAAAGUGUGUGUGUGUAUAUGCGUGCGUGCGUGUGUGUGUGUGUUUGCGUGCCUGCGUGUGCGCUUCUCCACAGGCGCGUUUAAGCAUGGGUGGGAGUUCACUAUUUUCCCUAACAACACAGGGAUAUAACAAAAGUCACAGCAACAAAAUCUAUGGUAUGAGGACAUUUGUCAUUUUCUUUCAAGCACUGCCUGCAAUUUGGAUUCUGUAUUUCUACACUCAUUUCUAUGGAGUUUUAUAAUAAGUUUGUUUGCGCUUACUUUGAUGAAAUCUGGAUUAAUAUCAAUAAAAAUAUGUCAAAUGUAAA